AUGGCAAAAGAUAUCAGGCAAAACAUUGCAAAAAGUUUAAAAAGCUGUCAAGAUAGGUAUGGAAAAGUCAGAGAAAAAUUCCAAUCUCCAUUCUUUUGCAUGCUCACACAGGUAGAGGACAUGAAAUCAUUAACCACCAUCACACUGAACAGUAUUGAACCAGAGUUUUCAUACCUUGAAUACCUGCAACCAUCUAGAACCAGACCAGAUUAUUGGAACAAUCUAGGAUCCUCCAAAUCAAGAACUGUUAAACAAGAAGACGAUGCAAGACAACACAUCUCAUCACUUCUAUCUGAUGUAGAUACCAAAACAGCUGUAGCAUUUACUGAUGGUUCCUGUAGAGGAAAUCCAGGUCCAUGUGGUGCUGGAGCCUGCAUUCUUCUUCCAAACACAGAAGUUAUAGAACUGAAACAACCAGUAUCAAAAUUAUCAUCAAUUUUAGUAGGAGAACUGGUUGCCAUUAAAUUUAAAAUAACACUUCAAGCCCUACUUACUGAGAUUGGAAGAUUUGAAAUAAAUAAGGUAAAACUACUUAGUGAUAGUCAGUCCGCUGUUGGAAUUAUUGAUCUUGGCUGGGAAAAUAAGACACACAAAGUCCUGUCAACAGAGAUACUCCAGUUGAGGAAAGAGCUUGAAUUAGCAGAUGUUACUGUUAAUUUUGAUUGGACUCCUGGUCAUGCUGGCAUAAAAGGAAAUGACCUUGCUGACAGACUUGCAAAAGAAGCAGCAAAAGAAGCUGAGGAAAUGGAAACAGAAGAUUCACUCUUUGUAACAAGUCAAAGUGACAUUCGCCACUCAGCUAGAGAAUCAGUCCGCAUUAAAUGGCAGAGAAGAUGGGAAAUUGUUGAAACUGGCAGGCAUCUCUAUGGACUCAAGCCUCAAGUCCAACCCAAAAAAAUUAACUUCCAUGGCUUGAGCAACCAAAGACAGUUACUUCAACUACAAAGUGGAUAUUGCCUCAAUGAUUAUUUGAACAAGAUUGGGGCGAAAAACACAAGUCUAUGUAAUUGUGGAGAAGUGGAGACAGUAACACAUUUUAUAGAGGACUGUACCCUGUACGAGACAUCAAGAGAAAACCUGAAGAAAGAAAUAUUCCUAAAGACAGGAAUAAGUGUAUUUACAAAAGAACUAUUGCUGUCAGACAUACAAGAAGACCAAUUCAAAGACCAUAGACAAGAGUUGUCAAAUAUUGCAAAUGAAUUUGUCAAAUCAUCCAAAAGAUUUUAA